ACCGUCACGCGCUUCGUUCACUGCCCUGAGCUGCGGCGCUCACUUCGCGCUAACAUCGACAGACGCAGGUCAGAUCAUCAAGAUGCCCAUGGAAUGGUUUGGUUUUGGGUAUGCAGCCUUGGUUGCAUCAGGAGGAAUAAUGGGUUAUGUGAAAGCAGGUAGUGUACCUUCUCUAGCUGCUGGCUUGUUCUUUGGAAGCUUAGCAGGAUUUGGAGCCUAUCAGAUGUCCAAUGAUCCCAAGAAUGUGUGGGUCUCUUUAGCUGCCUCAGGAACUCUGGCAGGAGUUAUGGGAAUGAGAUUUUACAACUCUGGAAAAAUUAUGCCUGCUGGAAUCAUUGCAGGUGCAAGCUUGCUGAUGCUGGGAAGAAUUGGAUUUAAGAUGCUUCAGAAGUCGCAUGUCCCAUAAACUUAUUUUUCUUUUUUAUGUACUGAAAAGGACUAUAAGGAAAGACUUGACAAUCCAGGCACAAUAUCCUUAAAGGAAGUGAGGUGAUAUGAAAAAUAACUAUUUGAACUGCAUGUAAUCAUGGAUUUGUAAUCAUUUAUAAUAAACAUGCAGAAUCACUA